GUAGCUCUGUCAAACACAGGCCUUCUAUCCCUUUGCUCCCCUAAUCUCAUCAUAUUUUCAUAGAGUCAGGCCAUUUGAGUAAUAAUGAACAGAACGAGGACGGCCAUUAAAGAUAAGGGGCCUGAAGGAAUCAGCCUUCUUCACUUUUACUGGUUUGCAACGUAAAGCAACCCUUUUUCCUAUCCUUUUCUUUGCUAAGCAAUUGAGAAAGAACCAUAUGUCUCUCUCUGAUUCUGAACGAACACACAAGGUCUCCCAAGCAAAGGCACCCUAUUCUUUUUCCCUUUCCUAUUCUCCUUUUUAAUGUCAUUCCAUGUGAACGCUUUUGCCUUCCCUUUCUUCUUGUACCUGGGGGGAUGUUAUUCUUUUCUUCCCUCAAUUUUUUUAUCAGUGGGUUUUGUCUCUGUCUGCACUCCGGAGAUUGCUCCAGCAAUUUAAUAAUGGAAUAAACAAGUUCAAACCUUCGAGAUCUUCAGUCUUCAUGGUUGUUUACAAGGUUCUAUUUGGAAUUUAUUCAGCAUUAAGAAAGGAAUUGCUAAGAUUCUCCUUUCCCCUCUCACGAGUUGGGGUUUUUGAGAGGGUUUGAAAAAUUGUGCCUAUAUUGGAGCUUUUGCCUUUGCUGUGCAGACGGGUCGCUUAUUUUUUCUGUUUUGAUGUGAUUGUGGCCCUGCAUUCUACAUGGAACUUGUUCUCUGCAAAUGGGCACUUGCAUUUCUACUUAGUUGUUGGCUCAUUGUUGCUGUUGUGCUCUCGGUGGAGGGAUUACAUGGAAAUUCUAAAGUAAGAGGAGUGAACUUGGGUGGAUGGUUGGUUGUGGAAGGUUGGAUUAAGCCUUCUCUUUUCGAUGGAAUUCCCAAUGGAGACAUGCUUGAUGGAACACAAGUCCAAUUCAAAUCGGUGACGUUGCAGAAGUAUGUGUGUGCAGAGAAUGGGGGCGGUAUGAAUGUUACAGUUGACAGAGACAUUCCCUCGUCAUGGGAAACCAUUAGGUUGUGGAGAGUAUCUGAGUUAGAAUUUCAGCUUCGCACAUCUAAAGGCCAAUUUCUGACUUGUGAUGGUGAUGGGUGUUCUGUCUCUGCUACAGCAGUAUCACCAUCAAGCACAGAAACAUUUUAUAUUGAAAGAAAUAAUGAUGGUAGAGUUCACAUCAAACUUGAGACUGGGACCUAUCUUCAGGCUUCAAAAGACAACCAACUUACAGCAGACUAUUCAGGUACACCUGGAUGGAAUGAUAAUGCAGCCACAUUUGAAAUGAUAAUUAUAGCAAAUAAUUUGCAUGGAGAUUUCCAGCUUGCAAACGGACAUGGUCAUGAUAAAGCAAAAGAAGUUCUGAAGAAGCAUCGAAACAGUUUUAUCACCGUGGAAGACUUUCAGUUUCUAUAUAGACAUGGAAUAAAUGCUGUGAGGAUACCUGUUGGCUGGUGGAUAGCUUUUGAUCAUAAUCCUCCACCUCCUUUUAUUGGUGGUAGUUUGGAAGCUCUUGACAAUGCAUUCUCAUGGGCACAAGCUUAUGAUAUAAAGUGUAUAAUUGACCUUCAUGCGGCUCCAGGCUCCCAAAAUGGGAUGGAACAUAGCGCUAGUAGAGAUGGUACAACAGGCUGGCCUACAUCUCCAGAUUACAUCUCACAGUCACUGGACGUAAUAGAAUUUCUAGCUUCCAGAUAUGCCAAGCAUCCUGCGUUGCUGGGCAUUGAACUUUUAAAUGAACCAUCAGCUGCAGAUGUUCCUCUGGAUGUCUUAGUUUCAUAUUACAAGCGAGGCUAUGAAAUUGUCCGGAAGCACUCGACAACAGCUUAUGUGGUAGUUUGCCAAAGAAUUGGGAAUGCAGAUCCGUUUGAACUUUAUCAAGCUAACAUAGGCUCUGUGAACAUGGUGGUAGAUUUGCAUUACUACAAUCUUUUUGACACUUUCUUUGUCAAUAUGAGCACCAUGGACAAUAUCCAAUACAUUUACGAGAACAGAGAAGCCCAAUUGCAAUCAUUAAACAGUGCAAAUGGGCCUCUUGUUUUUAUUGGGGAGUGGGUGAAUGAGUGGAAUGUGACAAGCGGAUCUCAAAGGGAUUAUCAAGAUUUUGGAAGAGCACAGUUAGAGGUCUACAAUGCAGCAUCAUUUGGAUGGGCUUAUUGGACACUGAAGAAUGACAGACAGCACUGGGAUUUCGAAUGGAACACUCGCAACAAUUAUCUUCAAUUAGGUCAUUCACCAGAUCCGAAAAUUUGGACUGGCUUAACUUUACUUGGAGUGGCGUCCAGCUGCAUCCUCCUCCAAUAUAUUUUGUGAGAGAUCUUAUCAAAGUUGCCUCACAAAUUCAAGGUAGAACCUUGCUUGUAUUGAUGCAGCUGGAGCUGGUUCUUUCUUCACAUACACUGAUGGAUCUUGUCAAAGUCACCCAAUAAAUUGAAGGUAGAAGCUUGAAAUGCAGCCAUUGGUUCCUUGCCACUCAAUAAUUGCUCCCAGAGGUGAAAAUCUGAAGGUGAUGCACAAAAUAAUGUUCUUGGUACAGAGAGUAUCCACAGGAUCUGAGAGAUCCCGUGAAACAAUGAGGCUACAUUAUGCUUCGCUCAAUAAAUACAAGAAAUUUUUUCC